AUGCUGAUCCGGCGCGAAGCGGAAAAAGACGAAUGGAAGCGGAACUACCCGGAAGUGGAAGGGGAGAUGAAAUUCUUUGGGGCGUAUACGAUCAGCAACGCGGCGACGGGAAAGUUCAAUUAUGCGCAGCGUCGGGAGCACCUGGAGGUAGCGGCCCGUCAUCUGCUGGUGACGAAAGAUGGUGGUGGCGAGCCGCUAGAAGUCACGCACCUCCUCGUGCUCAACUGGCCAAAAGACGACUGUCCAGCCGUGGAACUGGCGCUGUGCGAGUUGCUCAUCUACCUGCGGGACGUCAAGUCGGUCAGAACGCUGCUGCUCCACGACGAACCGUACACGGGUCGAUCGGAUACCGUGGUGCUCCUCGCCACGAUGAUCGCCCAUAUGGACACGCGUGGGGAGCGUACUGAACUCGAAGCGAUGAAGCGCGAGACGCUUGAACGGUUGCGUGCCUGCCGCGACGGCGCUGUCAGGACCAUGGAGCAGUUCAUCUUCUGCUGCGGGGUGAUGCAGCUAUAUUUUUGGGAGCGCUACGGCGAAGUCCCGAACGACCACCUCGAAUUUAUUAGCAACUGGUCGUCGACGAUGCGACUGUCGAGCCGAGACGAUAAUCUAUUCUUCGAAAUAGCCCUUGCCUGCUUCGGUCUUGACGCGGCCGGCAAGACGACCGUGCUGAAGAUGAUGAAAGGAGAAUCGCCGCGCAACGUGCUGUCGACGAACGGCUUCUCGCUGAUGGAGAUGGGCUUCGACCGGGAGUAUCGAUUAAAGGUGUACGACGUCGGGGGUGGCGAGAAGAUCCGGGACAUCUGGCGGAAUUAUUAUGCAGAGGUCCAUGGCUUCAUCUACGUGGUCGACACCUCGAAAAGCGGGAGGUUACAGGAGAACAUUGCAAUACUGAAGCUCGACAAGGUCCGUCAACCUCCACGCUCGGUCUUGGCAAGGCAUUCGAAAAAGCAUCAGCACGGGAUUCUGGAUGGGUUGGUCGUGUUGGUUCGGCAGAUCAUCGCCGACUACGGGUUGCUGAAUGAAAAGGUGCAGGAGGCCGAAGCGAGGUUGAAAGAGCGGCAGGAGCAGGACCGGAUGAGGAGGAAGAUCAGAUUGGCUGAGUUGGAACGCCAGCGCGAAGAAGCCGAAGAAGCAGAAACUUCCAAAGAAAAGAGGGAAAUUCCUGAGCCCCGGCCUCCGACAACGAUGAGCGAACUUCACACGCGCAACGAAAUUGUUGAGACCGUCUACCCGAUGCCGAGCGACGCGAAGCAGGAAACACCUAAGACCCCGAAAACUCCGAAGACCCCGCAAGCCGAUCAUUUCCAGAUGCGGCCCGAUGAUGUAGCGUCUAUUGACGAGGAGCCCCAGCCCGGUCCCUCACGGAUUUCUGCCGACUCCAUUGACACGAUGCAGGGGAAUCAAUUCGGCGGCAGCCAAUUGAGCUCCGAAGUCUUUGACGACAUUCCCGAAACCGUAAAAAGCGGCAGCAUGAUCGCCUCCCCACCCCUGGCCGCACUGGCCCGGACGCCGAAGAACACCAAGUACGACUCCUCCUCGCCGGCCAGCUCGUCGUCGGACAUCCUCGCCGACGCCGUGGUCCGGGAGCAGCCGAGGCUGCCGCCGUUGAAGCGACCGAGCGGGCUGGCCAAGAAGCGCUCCGCCGUCCACACCAUGUACAACCCGAUUACGGUAGAUGCCGACGGCGUCGAGACGUUGUCGACCAAGGGCCAUCUGAACGCAGCCUACCAGCCGGAUGAGGAGAGCUUCUCCGCAAAGCCCAUUGGCAGCAACACGAGCCUCAAGUCGUUUCAAGCGAAUGGAAGCCUGUCCGGCGACCGGAACACCGUAUCAUAUCGGAAACAAUCGGAUCGGGUGCGACUCGGC